AUGAGCAUAGGUAUAAAUUCUUUUAAUGUACAAAUUUCUGAUUUAUCAAAUAAUCAGCAACUUUCUUUCUCUGAUUACUUUCAAAAAUGCUUACAACAAUAUUCAAUUCAAUUAUAUCAACCGUUUCUAUUGUAUCCAUUACCGUAUCUCUGGCAAUGUUUGAAUCAACAGCGGCAGCAGCAGCAACAACAACAACAACAACAACAACAACAACAACAACAACAGGAUGGGAAUAUUCCAUACAUUCAGCAGACAACUCAAAGAGUGGGUGGUUCAGUAAUGGUUUAUCGAAUGAUAUUCCGGCCACCUUUCAGUUGGACUUUUAAUUGCUUUUGUGAUUGCGAAGAGAAUACUAUCUAUGUGCCACGUGUUCCUGGACAACAUACAAAUUUCACUGAAGCUAACAUAUAUGUCAAAAAUCAAUUACGUGAAGCGGCAUUGCAAGCAUUUCGUUCGAUCAAUGUUACACCUGAAGGACUUAUUAUCACAACCAGUUUUUGGCCUUAUCCAGCAUUUAUCGUUAAUGAUAUUAAUAUUGCAAAAGCAACUUUUAUCAAAGCAAAAUAUUAUUAUAUGCUUAUGGAAAAUGUGUUGGCAUUACGAUGUGAAGCGGUGGAAACAACAACAUGUGUUAAGAAAGGUAAUUUUAAAUCAUUUCAAGAAACAGCAACACUUACAAUUGAUAUCCUAAAUGUGUUAACAGAAUUACAACGACAACAACUUGCCAUCGAAAUUCAACGAUCGUUGGAAAAACGAUAUGUCAUAUUUAAUUCACCAAUUCAAUUAUUAGAUGAUAAUAGAAAUAAAAAUAUUUUAGAUCCAUAA